AUCCGCAUAAAACCCUAGCUUUCCUCUGCACUUUCAUCUCCUCUAGUCUUCAGCCUCUCCGUUCUCUGCCACCAAAGGUGAUUUCACGAACGGCCGCCCCCUAUCUGAUAAAAUGUCGCAAGAAUCACUAGUCCUCCGCGGCACCAUGAGAGCCCACACUGAUUGGGUCACCGCCAUUGCAACCCCAAUUGACAACUCCGACAUGAUUGUCACCUCCUCCAGGGAUAAGUCCAUCAUCGUCUGGUCUUUGACCAAAGACGGCGCACAAUACGGUGUCCCUCGCCGCCGCCUCACCGGACACGGCCAUUUCGUUGAAGAUGUCGUCUUGUCAUCGGACGGUAUGUUUGCACUCUCCGGUUCAUGGGACGGUGAGCUCCGUUUAUGGGAUCUUCAAGCUGGUACCACUGCUCGUCGUUUCGUCGGACACACCAAGGAUGUUCUCUCCGUUGCAUUUUCUGUUGACAACCGUCAGAUUGUCUCUGCUUCACGUGACAAGACCAUCAAGCUCUGGAACACACUCGGUGAGUGCAAGUACACAAUUCAGGAACAGGAUUCACACUCUGAUUGGGUUUCUUGUGUCCGUUUUAGCCCAAAUAAUCUUCAGCCUACUAUUGUUUCUGGGUCAUGGGAUCGGACUGUGAAAAUCUGGAAUCUUACCAACUGUAAGCUGAGGUCAACUCUUGCUGGACACAGUGGGUACGUGAAUACUGUGGCGGUGUCUCCAGAUGGCUCGUUGUGUGCUAGUGGAGGAAAAGAUGGAGUUAUAUUGCUAUGGGAUUUGGCUGAAGGGAAGAAACUGUAUUCGCUUGAUGCUGGGUCCAUUAUCCAUACUCUCUGCUUUAGCCCCAAUAGGUAUUGGCUCUGUGCUGCUACUGAAUCUAGUAUUAAGAUCUGGGAUUUGGAGAGCAAAAGUAUUGUGGUUGAUCUUAAAGUUGAUCUGAAACAAGAGAGUGAAAUGUCGGGAACUGCUGCUACCGCUGCUAAAAUCAAGGUCAUAUACUGCACCAGUUUGAGCUGGAGUGCUGAUGGAAGCACUCUUUUCAGUGGCUAUACAGAUGGUCUGAUUAGAGUUUGGGGAAUUGGACGUUAUUAGGGAAGAAGAGUACCCAGGGGAGACAUUUGGCCAUACUAAAUUUAAGGCAUUUAGAUUUCUAAGAUUCUCCCUGUUUUUCAUUUUUAUGAGGCCUCCACUGUUUCAGUUUUGAAUUCUUAUUUAGUAUUUGUUACAUGGAUAUCUUGCUAUAAAUCUAAGUUGUUUUUGUUUAA